AUGUUUGGUUUCUUUCGGAAAGAUUAUGAGUGCGAAAAGGCAAACAUCGAGGCCCGUGGAAAGAUUAAGAUUAAAGGAGAAGUAGUAAACGGCUGCACGGCUUUGUGGACCGCUGCUGCUAAAGGUCAUCUUGAUGUUGUGAGACUCAAGAUCGAACAAAACGCCGAAGUCGACGGCAGGACAUCGACAAAUUCGACUCCUUUGAGAGCUGCUGCCUUCGUUGGACACCUUGAUAUUGUGCGCUUUUUGGUUGAGAACGAGGCCGAUGUAAAUGCUCGCAAUGAUUUCAAUAGUACUCUGAUGAUAGCAUGGUACCGCGGUUACAUGGAUGUUGUUUCUUUUCUUGUGGAACAUGGCUCAAAUAUACAUCAGGAAGACAAUGAUGGAGAUACAUGUCUUCACUUGGCUGCGGAAGGGGGACACUUUCAGAUAGUCGAAUGUACAAAGGAAGUGAGGAUCAAUGCUCUCAAGCUUCUCGGUGCCACCAUUGCUAGUGAUCCGGCUGAUGCUUAUGACAAUGAGAAAGGAUUUAGUCUCACAAAACGUGGAAUUUAG